AUGCCUUUAACAACUGAUGUUCUUCAGGUAUUCCUCCCUAAGUCAACGUUAUCAGCAACAGUUAAUGCUUCUGCAUCUACAAUAUCUGCCAAUGUCAAUUCUAUUCCUAUACUGAAUGGAAAUAACUUUAAGGAUUGGAAGGAUAAUAUUUUGAUUAUCCUCGGGUGUUUGGAUCUAGACCUUGCGCUUCGGAUUGAUCGACCCAUUAUUACGGAUCAAGGUUCCCUUGUUGAAAAACAGGACCUUGAAAAAUGGGAAAGAUCAAAUCGCAUGUGUCUAAUGAUCAUUAAGCGAGGAAUUCCAGAAACGUUUAGGGGUGAUAUCUCUGAAGUCACUAAUGCUAAGGAAUUCAUUGAGGAAAUUGAAAAACGUUUUGCAAAAAAUGAUAAGGCUGAAACAAGCACGCUUCUUGCGAGUUUGACCUCAAUGAAGUAUAAGGGAAAAGGAAACAUAAGGGAGUACAUAAUGGAAGAUCUCACCUUGCUUCAAAACUAA